AAUCGACAAAACAUUAUUUCCUCACUGUAUUCUCCUUUAAGUGCAGCGCACUUCCCUGUUCAGAACGCCGUGAACGCGCACCAGUGAACGCGUUGCGCAGCGCCGCGUAUCAGAGAGCGAGAUGACUGUGGGUUGAUCGACAUUUCUGGACAUUCAUUUCAUUUACAGCAUCUUCCAUAACACACUGCUCUCAUUUAAGGAUGGAUUUGGACAUGCUGAAUAUGUUUGUUAUUGCUGGAGGGACGCUGGCGAUACCCAUACUGGCAUUUGUAGCCUCUUUAUUUCUGUGGCCUGCCGCUCUUAUUAAAGUCUAUCACUGGUAUUGGCGCAGGCGAUUGGGUAUGCAGAUGGAUUAUGCCGAAUGUGAAGGAUAUCGCUUUUGUUAUACUCACAGAGGGAAUCCAGGCGCACGACCGUCUGUUCUCAUGUUACACGGCUUCUCUGCUCAUAAGGACAUGUGGCUGCCUGUAGUCAAGUUUCUCCCUAAAAAUCUACACUUGGUUUGUGUUGAUAUGCCGGGUCAUGAAGGUACCAGUCGGACCAGCGCCGUGGAUUAUUCCAUAGAGGGUCAAGUCAGACGCAUAAAUCAGUUUGUGAAGAGCAUCGGGCUGAACAGAAAACCUUUUCAUCUGAUUGGUACAUCAAUGGGUGGAAGCAUCGCUGGUGUUUAUGCUGCACGUCACCCCUCUGAUCUCCGCAGUGUUACUCUCAUCUGUCCAGCUGGUCUUCAAUAUCCCAAUGAGAGUACAUUUAUUCGGCGUUUGAGGGAACUGGAGGACAAUCCGGAUCCAGAUGAGAUUCCUCUCAUUCCCGCAACACCUGAAGAAAUGGAACAAAUGCUGAAGUUAUGUUCGUACGUGCGUUUCAAGAUACCUAAACAGAUUCUUCAGGGUCUGCUUGACGUCCGUAUUCCAAACAACAAUUUCUACCGAGAGUGUUUUAUGGAGCUUGUUGGAGAGAAAUCGAGACACGCUUUACAUGAGAACAUGCAUCUCAUCUCAGCUCCUCUACAAGUUAUUUGGGGGAAACAAGACCAGGUUCUGGACAUGUCUGGGGCUUCUGUUCUCGCCGAGGCCGUUCCCGGAUGUCAAGUUCAUCUUCUAGAUAAUUGUGGUCACACAGUGGUGAUGGAACGACCAAAAAAAUCUGCCCAGCUCAUCGCUGACUUUAUCAACACAAAUCACAACGCAAACAACAGCAUAAAGAAACUUUCCUAAAAUUGAACUGUACAUAACGUAUGGGCUGGAGAUUAAGUUAAAGAUCUAAUUACAGUAGGUUGUUGGUUAAAUUUCACAUGGAGAUUAUUGCGCUAAUCUGGUGCUUCUGUACCACGACAUUUAAUCUCAGAGUGACCCUGUAUACAGUUCAUGCACUGGAUGUCUUAAAGUAACAGUAUGUCAUUUUGCAUAUUGUAAAUAAUCAGUAAAAGGUAUUUUUGUAGCGAAUGCUCAGGGAUUCACAGCAACCACUGAAAAACUAUGUUGUCUUUUCAGUGUCACUGCAGUCUGUAGUUAUUUCAUGUUAGAUUUAAAUACUAACUGGAUUUUAAAUACCCUUGUGUUUAUUAUAGACAUUUCUCCUUCUGUAGUUAUUUCCUAUUUAAAGAACAAGAUUUUUGAUUAGUGAGCUACAUACCUAGAUGGCAUUUUUGGGCAUCAUAGGCAGGUUCAGAACUAAUGAAUCAAACAUUUAUAGGAAUAGUCAUACAAAAAUAAAAAUUAUAUUUUAUCAUGAUACAUGCAAAAAAAAACAAAUGUUGUCACUGCUGGGAUGAUGUAUUUUAAAAAGUUCCUUAACUCAUUCCCCCAUGAGUUAUCUCGUCAAUUAAGAGAAAGCAUUUGCAUAAAAUAAUGUGUUCCUGAUAAGUUUUUAUGGUAGUCUUUAAUACUGCGAUUAUCCACUAGAUGGCACUCUUACCCAAUUUAUGAAAAAUCUGAAACCAAAACGUUAUUUACUAAUUUUAAACUCUGUGUAUGUUUUGAUAAUCGUUCUGAAUCUGAUCUCUAAAAAAUUCCUUCACAAAAAUGCUAUUAUUUCAGCUUUUUGCUAAGAAAUUUGUAUUUUUGAAGAAAAAUACCCAUAUUUAAGAGUUUAUAAACAGAGAAAAAAAUAAAGAUAUGAUGAAGCAUUUUUUUCCCCGUUUUGUUUGUUUGUUUGUUUAUUGUUUGUUUAAAAGCAGAGGGUCUGUUCUUUCAUUUGAUAUAUUUGUAUGUUUAUAUAUUUUUAGAAAAUGUUCCUGGAAGGCAUUUUGUGAAAAUCACAAAAAAUGCUGGUGGGCAACUUUUCAAAAAAAGGCUGGCGGGGAAUGAGUUAAUAUACCAUUUUGGUACAAAUGUGUACCUUUGAGGUACCAAUAUGCACCUUUUAGUUACAAAAGUGUAUUUUUUUAAAUGGUAGUGCCCUAGGGACAACUUUUAUACCUUUGUGUACCUUUUUU